AUGGAGACACAGAGGCUACAUCCGGACGCUGAGUGAAAACGGUUCGUGUGUUGGCCAUGUUUUUACUCUUCUCUUGGUUGCUAAAUUGAAAAAAAAACAAAACAACAACAACAACCAUGGACUCUGAGUAUAUAAAAAGACAUCUCGGAAAAUGUCUGGCAGACGGACUGGCUGAAGUGGCCGAGCAGCGCCCCGUGAACCCCAUCCUGUAUCUGGCCCACUGGCUGCACAAGUACGACGCAAAUGUUAAAUAUGAGACCGAGAAAAAGGCCCAUUUGGCUCUCCUGGAGCAGGAGCAGGCGAAAGCCAGAGACGAAGCGUUGUACCAGGGGAAGCUGAAGGAAGAGGAGCGCAAGAUCAGUGAGGCCUUGGAAGAGUCUAAAAAAAGCAUAUCAACGCAUCAACAGAUCCCUGAGAAGGAGCCGACUGGGUCUGGUGCACCCACACCAGCCACAACAGGAGCUGCUGUGGACAACAGACCUGUUACAGAGGAGAAACCAAACGCUCCUCAUCCUGAAAACCAGCAGGACACAGAUGAACACCAAACUGAAGCUCAGGAAAAUGACACUGAACUGGAGGUGAAGGUUACAGGUAACGUAACCAGUCCAGGGUCCCCUGAGAGGAAACCUCUGGAAGGGGCUCGCUCUUCCCCCUCUGAGACCCUCAGCACAGAGGUCAAAGACGAGUCUCCAGAAAUGCCUGUUGAAAACUGCCAGGUGAAGGUUACAGGUAACGAAACCAGUCGGGGGUCCCCUGAGAGGAAACCUCUGGAAGGGGCUCGCUCUUCCCCCUCUGAGAUCCUCAGCACAGAGGUCAAAGACGAGUCUCCAGAAAUGCCUGUUGAAAACUGCCAGGUGAAGGUUACAGGUAACGAAACCAGUCGGGGGUCCCCUGAGAGGAAACCUCUGGAAGGGGCUCGCUCUUCCCCCUCUGAGAUCCUCAGCACAGAGGUCAAAGACGAGUCUCCAGAAAUGCCUGUUGAAAACUGCCAGGUGAAGGUUACAGGUAACGAAACCAGUCCAGGGUCCCCUGAGAGGAAACCUCUGGAGGGGGCUUGCUCUUCCCCCUCUGAGAUCCUCAGGACAGAGGUCAAAGAUGAGUCUCCAGAAAUGCCUGUUGAAAAAACCGAAGUGGAGCCCAGGAGUGAUCAAGCAGAAGAGAAAACAAAAGAUGAGCCAAGUGAUGAUGAAGUGGAAGAGAAAGCUGAGGACGAGGAAAGCAUCAGUCAAGCAGAGGAGAAAGACCGAGAUAAUUUGGAUAAGGUGGUUGAUGAAGCUGACACCGCAGAACUUGAGCAGACUGAACCACGCUCCACACUUGACAGCCAAGACGCCGAUGAUUUAAAGACAGACAAAGCGCAGGAGCUACACGACACGCAAAGCCCUCGAUCCCCUGGCGCUCAAGACCCAGAGAAGGUUGAUGAAGACAAAACUGAUAAACCUGCCGAUUCCGUCCAAGUAGAGUCAGCCUCAGCCCCAAAGAAUGAAGAUCUCGAACCAGAGGAGACAUUUUCUACUGAAGAGCAGAUGACAAAAACUGAGCAGGAGACACACAAAUCAAGUUCUCCUCCUCUUCAGGACCAGGAAAAGGAGGCAGACGGGCAACGCACGAGUGAGUCCCCUGAUAGUUCGGCUCCAGCUGAGAGUGAGGUAACAGUAGAGGGGACUGAAAGACCGGUGACUUCGCGAGGGGCGACAUGAAAGGUCUCCUUCUGACAAGGAGGACUCCAAGGAGACGGAAGAAGACAAAGAAGCAGACGAUACACGAUCAAGUUAGUGUUUUUAGAUGAUCCACCAGCCACUGUUCCAUCUUUUACAUUAGUUUAACUAGGUUUAUGAAUAAAAUAGCUUCAGUGUACAUUUAGUUUGCUGGAGAUGUAUAAAAUAUG